AUGCUGUCCAUGACAUACAGCGAAAGCCUGAGAAGCGUGGCCAGCCGGUACCACUCGGACUGGGGUCUCCACCCGGUUCGCCAUACAGAUGUGGUGGAGCUGCAGCGGCUGCGAGAUGUCCGAGUGGCAGCACAGGCCAAAACCAUGGAAGAGUUUCUCAAAAUGCACGGGCUCUCGCUGGAGGAUUGCACAGCUCACAAGACGGGCAUGAGAUAUAGAAAUCUUGGGAAAUCGGGGUUGCGAGUGUCCUGCCUUGGCUUAGGAACAUGGGUGACGUUUGGAGGGCAGAUUACAGACGAGAUGGCAGAACAGCUGAUGACUUUAGCAUAUGACAAUGGCAUUAACCUGUUUGACACAGCAGAAGUCUACGCUGCUGGGAAGGCUGAAGUUGUGUUGGGAAAUAUUAUUAAGAAGAAGGGUUGGAGGCGCUCUAGCCUGGUCAUCACAACCAAAAUCUUCUGGGGAGGAAAAGCAGAGACUGAGAGGGGACUCUCCAGAAAACACAUCAUAGAAGGUCUGAAGGCUUCCUUAGAACGGCUGCAGUUAGAGUACGUGGAUGUCGUGUUUGCUAACAGACCAGAUCCCAACACACCCAUGGAAGGGGACCCAUUUAGUUCUUCCAAGUCAAGAACAUUCAUCAUAGAAGAGACGGUGAGAGCAAUGACCCAUGUUAUCAACCAGGGAAUGGCCAUGUACUGGGGAACGUCGCGCUGGAGCUCCAUGGAGAUCAUGGAAGCUUACUCAGUGGCACGGCAGUUUAACCUAAUCCCGCCGAUUUGUGAGCAAGCCGAGUACCACAUGUUCCAGAGGGAGAAGGUGGAGGUGCAACUCCCUGAGCUCUUUCACAAGAUCGGGGUUGGCGCCAUGACCUGGUCCCCGCUGGCCUGUGGAAUUGUUUCUGGAAAAUAUGAUGGUGGAAUCCCCCCUUACUCUAGAGCAUCGCUGAAGGGAUACCAGUGGCUAAAAGACAAGAUCCUGAGCGAAGAGGGAAGAAGACAGCAAGCAAAGCUGAAGGAGCUGCAAGCCAUUGCAGAGCGCCUGGGAUGCACCCUGCCACAGCUCGCCAUCGCCUGGUGCCUGAGGAACGAAGGAGUCAGCUCCGUUUUGCUAGGCGCUUCCAAUGCAGACCAGUUAAUGGAGAAUAUCGGAGCAAUACAGGUUCUUCCAAAAUUGUCCUCUUCCAUUAUACACGAGAUUGAUAGUAUUUUGGGCAAUAAACCAUACAGCAAAAAGGACUACAGAUCCUAA